ACACGUUUAGAUUUUAUAACAACAUUGGAUGUCGCAUGUUACUGACAGGCGGCAAGGUUUUAUAAACCAAACCAGACUUCGCUUUUACAUUUCCAACUUGUCUUGAAUUGUGAAUAGUGUUGUUCACCUUCCUCUUCGGAAACCAGUCGUUUAAACUGGUUCGGACCGGUGUACGCAGGUGUUUUUUGUUUGUUGUUAUCGGAGGUCAGCGGGUCUCCAGGUGAAACCAGUGCGCACUCAAGAUGCUUUGCCCGGGCAGGACCGUCUCUUCCCUGCUACUGAGGCCGGCCUCGUGGAUCCCUUUCCGGAUGGGCUCUGACGGGAGAGCCGCCAGCACUCAGAGAGAGUUGAUAAAGAAACAGGAACUGGACAAAGAUGAGCCCCGCCCUCUUUACAUGGACUUCCAGGCCACCACACCCAUGGACCCCCGGGUGUUGGACGCCAUGUUACCUUACCAGGUGAAUUAUUACGGUAACCCUCACUCCAGGACACACGCCUACGGCUGGGAGAGCGAGACUGCCAUGGAGACAGCCAGGAAGCAGGUCGCUGAUUUGAUUGGAGCAGAUCCCAGAGAGAUCAUCUUCACCAGCGGAGCCACCGAGUCCAACAACAUGGCCAUCAAGGGCGUGGCCCGGUUCUAUCAGUCCAAGAAGCGUCAUGUGAUCACCACGCAGACUGAACAUAAGUGUGUUCUGGACUCGUGCAGAGUUCUGGAGUCCGAAGGCUUCAGCAUCACCUACCUGCCGGUCCAGCCGAAUGGACUGGUGGACUUGGAGCUGCUGGAGGCCUCCAUCCGUCCGGACACUUCUCUGCUGUCUGUGAUGACCAUCAACAACGAGAUCGGAGUCCAACAGCCCAUCGACGAGAUCGGUAGGAUUUGUCGUUCUAAAAAUGUCUUCCUCCACACUGAUGCCGCUCAGGCUGUCGGCAAAGUACCCAUCAACGUCCACGACUGGAAGGUUGAUCUGAUGUCCAUCAGCGGUCACAAGAUCUACGGACCUAAAGGUGUGGGUGCUUUGUACGUGCGUCGCCGGCCUCGGGUGCGUAUGGAGCCGCUGCAGAACGGGGGUGGGCAGGAGAGGGGGCUGCGGUCUGGCACUGUCCCCACCCCACUGGCUGUCGGGUUGGGAGCCGCCUGCAGCAUCGCCGAGCAAGAGAUGGCGUAUGAUCAUCACAGAGUGUCCACUCUGGCUAAUCGUCUGAUCCAGAAGGUCACGUCAGAACUCCCCGAUGUCAUCUUGAAUGGAGAUCCAGAACGAGGCUACCCUGGCUGUGUCAACCUAUCGUUCGCUUACGUGGAGGGAGAGAGUCUGCUGAUGGCGCUGAAGGAUAUCGCGCUGUCAUCGGGGAGUGCUUGUACGUCAGCAUCUCUGGAGCCAUCGUACGUCCUCAGAGCCAUCGGAGCAGAUGAGGACCUGGCUCACUCUUCCAUCAGGUUUGGUAUUGGCAGAUUCACCACAGAAGCCGAGGUGGACUACACGGCAGAGAAAUGCAUCCACCAGGUCCGCAGACUCCGAGAGAUGAGUCCUCUGUGGGAGAUGGUUCAGGACGGCAUCGACCUGAAGAGCAUCAAGUGGACUCAGCACUAGUCCCCUCCCACUUCCUGGUUACUUCCUGGCUGGCAAUGACAACUACAACGAUGACGACCAUUAUUCCCAGGAAAAAAAAUCUGGGAAAUGGACCAGCUUUCCCUUCCUGUACACAAACACGCACAAACUUCCUGUCCGACUUGAAGUCUGUUUGUAUCUGUCGCUCUGUGUCUCUGUAGGCGCUCCUCCAGCUGCUUUCUCAGGAGAUGUGGCUCAGAGAGUUGACUCGAACAUGGCAACCUCUGUGUGUUGUCUGUUUGUUCUGUUGUUUCCAGCUCGUGUGGGCCAACAUGUUGCUUCUGUGUCGAGCCGUCAAGAGGCCGCGACACCUCAGUCCUGUAUCACAAAGUCAGGUCAGCUUAGGCUGGCUCUCGUUGAUGGUUUCUUGGAGAACGUCAGCCGUGUCUGGGUUUACUGAUCAAGCUACAUCGUUUUCUUUUUUCAAAGAUGGCGGUUGUCUGUGCUAAAUCGACUCCUGCACAGAUCAAUCUCAGUAAUUACUUAGCUAAAGCUUCCUCUUACUUACGCUGAGAUGGCAGUUUAAAAAGUCACUCCAAACAGCACCCAGAGAAGUUUACUUGUUGCCAACUCGAGAAAAAGCUGGCUGGGUCAUCGAGCUAUUUAAUGUCUCAAAACGUCUCUGUUCCUCUUUAUUUCAUGUCUGUUUUUUUGCUAACUCGGCACGUUUGUCCCUCAUUUGAUCUUCUGAAGGCAACUUGCUCUAGUGCAGGUCAGCCACUGCAAAAACUCCAAUCUUAACACGUGUAUUUGUCUAAAAUAUGCCAUUACACUUAAUAUUUAUUUGUUAAGUGCUUUGAUAUAAGAUGUUCUUACUAAUUUGGAUAGAGCGUCUCAUUUCAAGACACUUAAGUCAGUUUUGCUCGUUGCAUUGGAAGAUAUCUUGUACUUCUAACAAGCAGCUCAGGCCGUAUUCUGGGGUUUUUGUGUCCUGAAAUAAGAUGUUUACGUGGACCUGUCAGGUGAAAGUGGCUUUUAUUAAGUGUAGUGAGAUACUUUUGAUUAGAAGUUGAGAGACCCAGAGCUUGCUGGAGGGAUUAUACUGUAUAUCCCUUCUGGCCUGGGACCGCCCUGGGGAGAGGGAAGUCUGGGGCAACUUGUUUAGCCUGCUGCCACCGUGACCCGGCUCUGGAUACACUUCAAAUCCACUUGCUAAGAUUUGAGUUGUUGCAGUGCACAGCUUUUCAUGUUUCUUAAACACAAAUACAGCUGCCGAAACUGCAAAACCUGCUUUGUGAUACAGGCUCUUUUUUUAUUUUAUCUCUAUUGAACCUUUAUGGUUAGUUCCACUGAGAUCUGUUUCAAGCGGAUCUGGUCAAGAAUAGCAACAACAACACAGUUUCAACGAUAAAAACACUCAAACUCACACAGUACACAUAAUAAUGAGAAAAGCAUCGGCUCAAAGAGGCUCUUAAAAGGUAAUCGAGAGUUCCAGUGAGGUGGAAACAAUUUGGAAGAAUGGGCAAUGUUACUUAGGCGAGACGUGGGAUUGCAACUGAAGGCAGCAGACCUCAAACGGUCGAUUUGAUGAUUCAUUUAUAAUUCUGUGAGUCCGACCUUUCCUCUUGCUGAGUCGUAGAUUCUCUCCUGCUCUGUUCACAAGUGAUCCACAGCCCUUCUCUGUCUCUCACUCGCUGCUUUUCUUUCCACAUCAGUGUUCAAUAAUCUCUAGCAUCAUGUCGGUGUAUCGGCAGCGGUUCUCUGGGAAAAUCCAGACGAUCACUGCGUUACCUGCCGUGUUUUAAUUAUAUUGUUUAACUCUGGAACACUCUACAAGACUGUUAAACCCAACAGAUGAUUUUUUCAUGAUGGUGUAGAGAAAUAAAAAAACAGCUAAUACCUGAAAGUCUGGAUAUAAAAAUCUGGGUUGAUAUGUUUGGGUUUCCGUCCUCAUGGUCUGGGAGGAUUUUUUAAAAGUCUUGUAUUCUGUUCCUGAAUAUAGUCAGCUGAGCCUCGAACUGUCAUAUUUGUUAAACUCCUGCAUCUGUCUUCUACUGUUACUCUUUAUCUUACUGAUUAUUAUCCAAUAAAGUUCUGCGUCAUGGUUAUGCAAUAAAGUUUUGUUAUGA